AUGGCUAUUAGCGAGGGGAAGAGCCUGCUAUUCAUACUACCCUGUAUCCUCCCUAAUGCUAGGGUAACGAUCUUAGUCUUGCCCCUUGUGUCUCUGCGAGGGGACCUCCUCCGCCGAGUCCGAGAGUUGGGGAUCGAUCACUUGGUGUGGGCGCCUGGCGAGCAGCAAGAUGCACCCUUGGUGUUUGUUACAGUUGAAGCAGCAUGUACGGAACAGUUUCGGACUUAUGCCCACAAGCUCGCGGCUACGCAAGACCUCGGCCGCAUUGUGUUUGACGAGGCUCACUUGACUAUC